AUGCAACAGCAUGGAUUGAAGCGUGCUCACUCUUCUCCCUCUGUUUCUCAGGAACUCUUUGCAGAGUUUGGGACCUUGAAGAAGGCAGCAGUGCACUAUGACAGAUCUGGCCGCAGUCUAGGGACAGCAGAUGUGCAUUUUGAAAGAAAGGCAGAUGCUCUGAAAGCUAUGAAGCAGUACAAUGGAGUCCCCUUGGAUGGGCGCCCCAUGAACAUUCAGCUGGUUACGUCACAGAUAGACACACAGAGGAGACCAGCACAGAGUGUAAACAGAGGUGGCAUGACCAGAAACCGUGGUGGUACAGGAGGAUUUGGUGGUGGAGGUGGCAACAGGCGAGGUAGUCGUGGUGGGAGCAGAGGGAGAGGCAGAGGAGCUGGAAGAACUUCCAAACAGCAACUCUCUGCAGAAGAACUAGAUGCACAGCUGGAUGCUUACAAUGCCAGGAUGGACACCAGCUAAAGCAGCGAGCGGCGGCGCAUGGAAACGGACUCCAGACAUCUCAUUCCAUGCUCUCCAGAGGGAGGGGUGUGCGACUGUGGCUACUAAUAUCAAGGACGGAAUUUGUUUUACUUUUAUGUUUUGGAAUAGGUUUUAAACUCAUGUAAAGGUUUUUUUUAAUUCUGAAGCAGACCUGUUUUGUACCGAGUUAUUUUUGGGAUAAAUUUUACUGGUUGCCUGUUGGGCCGAGGUGGCUUUUUCACCUUUGCCAUAAUAAAAUAGAAACGUGUCUAGAG